UUGUCUCAAUGCAGUCAAUAGUAUUUUUGUUGUAUUUUGUGCAUAGAUCUCUUGUAUCUGGAUGAUGAAAGCAAAAAACGCAGCUGUGAACAAUAGCUCGCGAGUGGCUGAUCUGAGCGUGCACUAAAACCCUGUGACUAUGACUACUUCGGAGCUGGACAGCCGCAACAUAGCAAUUUCCAUGAGAAAGUCAGUGGAAAACCUGGUGAUAUCGUCUCAAGACGCCAUCGGUCAGAGCAUCAGCCAGGCCCUGACCUUCUCCGGGGUCAUCACACAGCACACCAACCAGAUCCUUCAGGAAAACAAAAACCUGUCACGCUCGCCAUCGCCAUCUCUACGCAACCCUGACAACAACGCUGAACAGCUGGAAAAUGACAAGGAUGGAGCCCCCGAUUCGGUGUCUCUCGGCAGUGCCAGCGAGCUUUCCCUACCAACCGCCGUUGCGCUACGGAGCGAACAGAGGGUAUCCUCCGCCGGCCAGCGCACAUCCGAAGGUCGCACCAAGAAGAAGAGCUGGUAUAGCUCCUUCUACCCGACCUACAAGAGCAAGUGUGAGGACUUCAAGCGGCUCUUUAAAGAUCUGCCCGAUGAGGAGCGACUUAUUGUUGACUAUUCCUGCGCGCUACAGAAAGACAUCCUGGUCCACGGCCGUCUGUACGCGUCGCAGAACUACCUCUGUUUCCACGCCAGCAUCUUCGGGUGGGAGACCAGCUUAUCUUUACGAUGGAAAGAUGUCACCGCUAUUACUAAAGAGCGAACAGCACUGGUGAUACCAAACGCGAUCCUCAUCUGCACAGAAACUGAGAAGAAUUUCCUCACAUCAUUCUCCGGCCGGGACAAGUCGUAUCUGAUGCUGUUCAGGAUCUGGCAGAACGCGCUCAUGGGACAGCCUGUCAGUAGCCAGGAGAUAUGGCAUUGGAUCCACAAGUGUUACGGCGAAGAGUUAGGGUUCAACUCUGACGACGAGGGUUAUUCGCGGGACCUGUCUGACCCGGCGGCUCUGCCUGAGAUCGUCGACCCGCCCGACACCGCCUCUGAGGAGUUGGCGGAGACGUCGUCGAUGGACGCGGGCGGUGACCGCGACGAGUCGCGCGAGCGGAACCAACGCGUGCGAGACUCUUCACCCACAGUGGGCAACGGCAGCGGGCUCGGCGCGGACGGCGACGCGCUCCCAACAGACAUGUCUGAUUCCAGCGACUCCGAGCCUGACAAACCACACAAUGGCGGCGGCGCAGAGAAAUGCACCAACACCCACUCCGGCAAAGUGUUACUACGCCAAGAGUUCCCGUUCCCCAUCGACCAGAUGUUCACAAUGAUCUUCACCAACUCCAAGUUUAACCUGGAACUGUUAGCCGCCAGGGGCACGACGGACUAUGUGCAGGCGCCUUGGCAACCAGCCGCGGGUCUGAAAUGCCGGCAAGUUAGCUACACAUUAGGGCUCACGUCAGGACCUAUAGGACCUAAGGAGGUGCACGUUACGGAGACACAAGUUAUGAACAAGUGCUCAUGUCCGGGACAUCUCUACUCCAUAGACUGCACGACAGAGAACGCGGGCAUACCGUACGCGGACUAUUUUACAGUUGAAGUCCACUAUUGUUUGCAGCGGGUAGCAGAAAAUUCCACAAGUUUGCAGCUUUUCGCACAAGUGCGGUAUAAAAAAAACAUGUGGCCCAUGGUUAAAGCAUUCCUGGAAAAGAACACGAUGUCCGGUUUGGACGACUUCGGGCGGCUGCUGGAGGCGCGGCUGCUGGCCGAGGCGGAGGGCGCGCAGCCCGCCAAGCGGAAGGGCCGGCGCACGAGGAGGCAGACAGCAUCAUCACAAGAGGCGGCCGCAGCUUCCGUCGUAAAACCCACAACGGCCAUCUUAGCACCCCGGGCCAGCGUGUCCCGGCCGGCAGGGCAGAACAGCUCCUGGCUGGUCGGCAUACUGGUGCUACUACUGCUGCUCAACGCUCUGCUCUACUACAGACUCUAUUAUACCGCGCCGAAGGCUAUGGACGCCGCGGAGCUGCAGAACAGAAUCAACUCGCUGAGCGGGGCUCAGCUGGCGGACUGGUCGGCGCUGCUGGAGUCGCACUCGCGCCGCCAGCGCGGCCAGCUGCUGGCCUGGCGCCGCGCGCUCGACGCGGCGCGACACCAUCUAGCGCAGACGGAGCAAGCUCUCAAAAACCUGCUAGAAACGAUCAAACCGACAUUAGAGAAAGACGACGACUCGCCGCGGACUGACCUCUGAGCGACCACCGCUCCCAACAUUGGCCGGAAUUCGUCCAACAUUGGGUUGGAUUCGUCCAACACUGACUUGGAUACAUCCAAUAUCGCAUUGAGUUCUCCCGACGUUAGCUUGGAUUCGUCCAAUGUUGCCUCGAAUUCGUCCAAAGUUGGCUUGGAUUACAACAAUGUCAUGGAUUCGUCCAAAAUUAUCUUGGGUUCGUUCUACAUUGGCUGGCUUCGUCCUACAUUGGUUGGAUUCGUACACUGUCCAGGAUUCAUGCAAUAUGUCAAUGACUCGCCUAUUAGUCAGUGUUGGUCAUAUAAUGAAUAUGUUGAUCAUAAUCUUUGACAAGAGUAAGUGUUUUGGUACCAACAUAUUGGUUAUUGACUGUUGUAAACUGAAUCUUCAUUAUUAUGAGGCCAAUAUAAGUUAUAUUGGGUAUUUUGUGACCAAAUUGGGUAGUCGGGGCACGCUAAAUUUUCAUGCAAAAUGCUACGUCAAGUAUGGAGCUUAUAAAGGAUGUAUGCAUUCUUACUGUAAAGUUAGCGUGGUCAGUCUAUAUAAAUUUAUCGUAACAUUUUUAGCUAAGUUCAUUAAUUUAGUGUCGUUUCGUAUAGUUCCUAUAAACAAUUAUCAUGAUUAUGGUCACAAAUACAUUCAAUAUUUUAGCAAACAUUUAUUUGAGGUGGUCAAUUAUGUCGGUAAUAAAAUGACUUAUGUUGACAUAGUAUGUGGAACAUAACAAAUUAUGUUGGUCGUAUAGUCCACGGUAAUGAUUUAUGUUGUUCACAGUAUGUGAAACAUAAUAAUUUAUGUAAUGUAUCCACAAUAGUGGGUUACUAUUGUUUUUGACGCUGCAGCUACGGCCAACGCGCGGAGACAAAUGUGACAUUCAUAAGAAUAAUGUACCAUUGUUGAUUGUCCAUAAAGCCAUAGUACUAUAAAGAUGCAAUUAGAAAUAGCUGUUAUAGACAAUCGACAAUGUACAUUUUGUCUGAAACUGUCACGUAUACCUAAUGCUCUCCAAUCUCGAUUGCUUUUUACAUUUAUAUGUUUCAUCGAAAUAGCGACUAGAUAUUUAAUAUGACGACAUUGUUGUAAAAAUACUAGCAUUUGCCCGCAUAGGUGUGAGCCUGUCUGUACAUAGUACCCCUUACUACUCCUGUACUGAUAUUAUCCCCCUUUUACCCCCUUAGGGAUGUGUCCAAGGAUAAAAAAAAUCAGUUUGUGUGCAGGUUUUAACAGUGAUCGGAAUUGGGUGAACUAAAAUACCUAUUAUUUGCAAGAAAACUACGAGUAUAUACACGCUAAAAGUCAGCCAAUCCUAAAUUAUACAGUAUAUAUAAUAAAGAUAAAUGUUACAUUUACUUCAAUCUUUGGAAGUAGGUACUUUUUGUUGACAUUAAACGUGAUAAUUUAAAAAUAGGUAACCUUUUGAACGCCAAACGGCGCAUCCAUUUGCCGUGCCACUGACGUCACAGGGGUAAUAUUUAGUUUUAACUGUGAAUAAAUAAUGCCAACGUAAAAGAGGGGUGUUUUUCAGUAGAUUUUAAUCAAAAAACGAUUGAUGUCAAAUGGCGUCUUUGGCGUCGUUGUCAUGAUUUUGCGUUGACGUCAAUUGCCGUCUGUGAUGUUCAAAAGGUUAAACUUGUAUCUAAUUAUAAAAACUCUUAUCUACAUAAUUAUAAUAAUAAAUUGUACAAAAGCAAUCGGAUGCGAGUGCAUUAUAAUUUUAAUAUUAAGCUUAACUAAACUAUGUAAUCUGCUAGAGGUUUUCCAGCCGUGUGCAAUAAAAUCCGGUUCCGGGAUUCCGGAGAACCGGGUCCGGAAGUCCGGAUUUACCAAAGAACCUUCAGUAGCAGCUCCCUUAGUAGCUCGAUAUUACAUUGGCAUUUUAAGAUUAUAUAGAAUACCUAUAAACUGGGGUGACUUUAAUAAACGGGGCUACAUUGAAAGUAUCAUAAAAGCAGUAAUUUUGUUGCUUGAUUUUCGUCGAAAAAAGCUGUCUUCGAUGUUAAAUAAUAUAAAUUUUACGAUAUUGAAUCGUGUUUGACAUACAGCAUACAGCUUAAUGGAAGAAUCACAACUACUAAUGUUGAGAAUUAGAUAAUCUCCUAAAAUUGUACCCAAUAAAAGAUUUGUCAGAUAAUACAACCAACAGAUAGGACCUAGUUUUAGAGAUAAGAGAAAUGAAAAUCGUGCUUACUCGUGUAAAGAUUUGGGUGCCAAUCAAAGACUUCUCUUAUGUAGAAUAUAGAAGUCUUAGAACAACAUUAAUUUUAGAAAUAUGGCUCCAUAAAUACAAAAAAAUACCUAUUGAAAUAGUGGAUUAAAAAAGGAUUCUAUAUAGGUACGAUGCCAAUUCAAUAAUGUCUCGAAAGUAGAAGUAAAAAAACGUGUAGAGUCAAACCAAGCUAACUCUGCGCGGCCAAAGUGUGGCUAUGUCAUCAUUAAUGUCAAAUUUCUAUGAAAAUAUAUAUUUUAUAAUGACACACCCUCACUUUGUUCUGUGCGGUAGCUAGCUUAGACGGACUAUUAUCAAUGUAAUAUCGAGCUGUAAUUUAUAUGAAAACCUCACAGAUCCCCACUGUGAUAAGUAUGUAGAUACAUUUAAUUUUAAUCCAGUAGUUGUAUCGUUUCGACGUAUCGGCGCCAAGCGUCUGUGGCACUUCGGCGUUUCACGUUAAUUUUAGUUGCUUUCAGUUACUUAAGUUGCCUAAUGUUCAGUUGAUCUUAGGAUUUAAGCCAUUAUAAACUUUGGUUUAAAAUACCAAACUACUUAUACUAAAAUUAGAGUUACAUUCCCAAAAUUUUCUAUACAGAUAUAUCGGAGCGGCCACAGGAGUUCACAAAUAUCAGAACAAAAGCUCUAUUAUAAAAAUAUUAAACUGCAUGUUCAGGUAUUUUGAACACCUUAGCCGCUCCAAUAUAUCCGCGAUGGCGGAUGUACAAAAUCAGGAUGAUUGUGUAGUAAAUAGACUAAUCAAAAGUCAUUUUCUGUAGUGCCUGGGUUAUAAAAAGUGAUAGACGUAAGUGUCAAUCUUAUACGUAAAGAAACAUGUACCUGGGUAUUAAGACGCGCGGGUUAAUUGUCUCUUAUUGUGAUGCAGCUAUAGUCCGACAAGAAAUUGUAAAAAAUUAUUGAGCAGUUGCAACGUUCGUCAAGUCCCUAGGUUUACACAAACCACGAUUUUUUUUUAUUUAACAGAAAAUAAAAUCGAUUCCUAAGAUCAACAUAGCAUAUCAUAUGUUCAAUUGAGAAUGGAAAACUUUCUUCUAAGCACAGAAGGAAUUUCACAUUAACUUUGUACUAGUAUGCCUGAUCGCUUAUGAAAGUUCCUAAGGGCUCAUUUAGACGGCGCGGGAAAUCGCAUUCGAUUAAUAAUUACAUUGCGUGAGGUUACAUCCGAUUCAGCCGACCGAUCAAAUACCGCGAUGUGAAACAAAUUGAAACUCGCAUGUGAUUUCCCGAGAAAGUGAGAAACUAGAGCGAACCAAGUUAUAACAAGUCCAAAGUGAGGGAGUUUUCCGAUGUCAUUGAAAACUGACCACUCCUAUGGACUUGUGUAAAACGAGACAUUGACAUGUCAUUGUGAUAUUGACAUUUUUAUUUAGUCUGGCUAAUUUUUUCUCACUGGGUUGCAAUGGUUCUCAGUUGAACGUCUUUGAUGUGGCAAUAAUUGUCUUAAUUUAAAGUUUGAUCGGGGCGAAUAUGAAAUCGAUACGCGUGUCAAUGUGAAUAUAAUAUUUGAUCAAUCUAGAUUAAGGAGUAAACCUGAUUAUAGGUGUUAAACUUCUCAAUUUAAAGAAACAAUAUUCAUGCAAUGUAAGCUUAUUCCAAUUCCAACUUAUGUUACAUUAUAAUGUUUAUUACUCCAUGACAGUUGUUACAUUGGCCCCUCGUUUACACUCGCCCCGGUUAACGUAACAUAUAAAUGUAGUAAUGGCGUAACAUGAAGCAUUUAUAUGAAUUCGGAAUUUAUUUAAUUUUAAGUGUAGGUCAAGCGGCUGUUGUAAUAUUUUAAUUAUUUGAUACAUAGGCAUUUAUGUAUGGUAACUGGGCUUAAUAUGUGGCUGCAUUUCGGUGAUUGGGCUUGGUAAAUCAUUUGUGAUAGUGGAGAAUAAGUGGGACUUUUUCUUUGCACCAUCACAUUUCAACCUUGUUUUUGUUAUCGUGAAACUUAGACAAGAUAAAGUUUAUUUGUGGAUACCCGCUACCUUAACAAACGCAAGGUUGAACUGAGUUACCAAACUGCAUUAUAUCUAAUGCGUUUAGGAAUUUUUCUACGCUAUUUUAAGCUUAGAAAUUUAUUUUUAAAUUUUCGCCCAAAAUUAAACUACUUAUUAUAAAAUAUGUUAGCAAUAAUAAUGAUAAUUCGGUGUGUCGCUCUUAAAUUAGACUUUAGAGAAGUGAAACAAAAUGUAAUUGUCAUUAUUGAUGUUUUUACUUUAUCAACCGCUCACGCAACUAUAACUCUACAUCAUUUGUUGGUUAUGGAUCCAUUGAUCUAUUGAAAAUCAUGUACUCUCUAAUCUAAUUUGUGUUGACUAUACAACAUAUUAUUGCUAUAAUACAAAAUUGAAACGUCGUAAUCCGGGAUUACGUAGAACAAGGGGUGACUUUGAUCAAAAUCUUGACUAAAAUAUAUAUAUAAAUAUCACCUUGCAACAAAUACUGUUUUUGAUGCGCGAUCGGUUGCCAAAGUAUUUUAGGUAUUUGCCUUGCGGCUUUGAAUUUGAGUGCGUGUCAACUAGGGUAAUGCCUACAUUACACUAGUUUAUCAGUACUUGUUGUUACAAUUACAAUAUCAACAAGAUACAAGUACUGAGCUAGUGUUAACUAUACAUAAGUUAUGAGGGUUUAGAUGUAAUAGAUAAUUCAGCAAAUAUAACUAGCCUACCUGCCCAAAUAGAGAAUUAUAUCCUUUAAAAAGAUGCUAUAGUACAUUAAUAUCCAGAACCAUUAUUAGGAAGUAAAGAGUAUUAUAUAAAAUUAUGAUUAUAAAAAAUUAUAUCCUGUGCGUAAAUUGUUAUUUUUCAGUUUUGUAUUAUAGAUUGCGAUCUCUUAUUGUAAAAUUGUAGUUAUUCGGUUGUUAAACAUCUGCGGUGCUUCUUAUAAUAGAUUUAUUAUCUUGGGGGCAUAAAUUUAUGCAAAAUUUGUACAUGAAAUGUACAGGUCCUUUCAUACUUGCAGUCUAAUUCUGAAACCAUUUUCAAUGGUAACCCUAACUUACUACAUUGCCUACUUGUGGGUUCUUAAAUAGUGACAAUUAUGCCUACGCCCAUUUUAGACAGCAAAAGUUUAUUUUUAUGUCGCCAAGAUAAUAACUUUCUUAUUUUCCUUUUCGUUGUAAUUAUUUAAUUGUAAAAAAAAACAAAUUAUGUCAAUUAUCAUUAUUUAUCAUUUAUUUAAACCUAUUUAUUUAUAUCCAAAGUAGUUUUAUAGUUCAGUUGUAUUCCAUUCCAGAAAUUAUAAGAUCUGAGGAUAUAUUUGGUUAUAUAUUACUGUUAGAAGUGACAAAGAGUAGAUUCCUAUUAGUUGUAACGGUGCAUUUGAGAUCACCUUGCCAAUUGAAAGCAUUAAAUGCCGCGGACGCAAUCUUCCUAGACGAAACGUAACGUUAAACUGGGGUGAAUUUGAAUUAUAUCGACUUGUAUGACAAAGUUGCCCCGUUUUACACUAAGACGCCCCAGUUUACGGCAAGUAUAGACUAUCCAGGGCAGUUUUAUUAUAUUUGUGUAAAUUGACAAUUUUAUAACCAUGAACUAAAAUUAAGUCAUAAACUAAAACUUGAACUUAAAAAAACUAUACAGAAGAACAUGCAGAAUAAUGAAGGUAUCCUAGUGUCAGACCAAGAAUAGUCUGCAGCGGAUUUGAUAGCCCACGCAGUGAGUGUUAUUUUAAACGUCGAACUUCUAUGAAAUUAUGCCGUAUUUAAAUGACACUUGCACUGCGUGGGCUAUCAAGUCCGCUGCAGAGUUUUUUUGGUCCGACUUUAUAACGUUUUUGCCAAAUUGCAAUGAAGUUGGCAACCUAGGAGAUUAAAGGGCUAGCAUCCAGGCCAAAAAUAAAACUUAUGGCGCCAUCUGUAAAAUACUUCGACCGGCCAAUAUCAUGGCGGGUUAUGGCAUGACUGAAUUGAAUUGCAAUAGGUUUUGGAAAAUUGCGUCGACGGAAAUGCACAAAUUCCGUAAAAUAGUGUAAAGGUGGCUGCGUUAAGGCAAUUCUAUUCUCAGUAUUGAGUAAUAAAUAAAUAUUUUAAAUGAAAUUUA